AUGAACGUUCGUGGCGUUCGUGGCCUGAAAUCAAAAAUCAUCGAGUGCUUCGUCUCCACAUCAGAGUUCUGCUACGACAUCUAUGCUUUCACCGAAACAUGGCUCGAUUCAUCAGUACCAUCUAGUCAACUAUUUUGCUCGGACUACACCGUGUUUCGUUGCGAUAGAAACAGAUCUAAUAGCAGUCGCAGUCGGGGUGGGGGAGUACUAAUAGCUGUAUCAUGUAAGUUAAACUCAUCCAUCGUAACGAAUGAUGAUAAUGAUAGCAUCGAAAACUUGUGGGUAAAAGUGUCCUAUGCACAAAGUUCACUUUUGAUAGGAUUAGCAUACAUUCCACCGGAAAAAAGUCAGGAUAGCUCAGUGAUAGGUAUGCAUGUUGAGGCGUUAUCGGAAGCUAGGUUGCAACAUCCUUCAAGUGGUAUCAUUUUUCUUGGUGAUUUUAACCAACCGCAAUUAAUGUGGGUUCGUACUCAUAGCAACAAUCUGGUUGUUGAUUCUGCCACAGUACUGAGUAUGGCUAGCGCCUCAUUUUUGGAUGGGACUGUUUUGAAUGGAAUGCAUCAACGAAAUGGCAUAAGAAACCUUCAAAAUAGAACGCUGGAUUUGGUAUUUACGGACGACUCAAUCUUGAUCAGCACUAUUUUCGAAGCCAGUGACACCGUUGUACCAAUAGAUGUUUACCAUCCUCCGCUUGAGUUUGAGAUUUCAUUCCCAAGACCGGUUGCUUUUGUGGAAGCUUUCGACACAUCUGCUCGCGACUUCCAUCGUGCUGAUUUUGAUGUGAUGAAUCAAGUUUUAGCUGAAAUUGACUGGACGAUUCUCCAAAGAUGCACCAGUGUAGAUGUAAUUGUAAACACAUUCAGCGCAAUUAUGGAUGACGUUUUUGAUAAAUCUGUGCCUAUGGCUCGUCCUCCUCUUCGACCUCCUUGGACUAAUGCUCGUCUGAAACGGCUAAAACAGCUUCGUUCAAAAUUGCUGCGAAAAUUUACUAACUCCAGGUGUCCUUUAACUAAACUGCAACUCAACAACGCUACCAGGCAAUACCGGGUCUACAAUCGACUAUGCUACCGUCGCUAUGUGGAUCGUACUCAGAGUGAGCUUCGCCGCAAUCCAAAGAAGUUUUGGAAAUUCGUUAAUACCAAACGGAAGGAAUCUGGUCUGCCUGCGCAGCUGCAUUUAGAUGAUAGAACUGCCGUAUCACCUGCCGAAAAAUGUAAUCUGUUUGCAGAGCACUUCUCCAGUGUAUUCUCAAAACAAUCGCCAACCGCAGAUCAAAUUAACGCAGCAAUCAGACGAUUGCCCAUGGAUGUGCUAAACCUUGACGUGUUUGUUAUAAGCGAGGAAACGGUUUCAGAGUCUAUUAGGAAUCUUAAGUACUCUACUUCAGCUGGACAGGAUGGAAUACCUGCUUGCGUGUUAAAAAAGUGCCUCCCUCGACUGUUGAAGCCUCUAACCUAUAUUUUCAAUCAGUCCAUUGGAUUGCAGCAAUUUCCUGCCAUGUGGAAAAAAUCUGUUAUGAGCCCAGUCUUCAAAAAAGGUGAUAAGCAAGAGGUGCGCAAUUACCGAGGUGUCACAUCGCUAGCUGCCUGCUCGAUGGUCUUAGAGAGAAUUGUCAACGAUGUCAUGUUUUCAGCUUGUCGUAAUUGGAUCUCAGACAAUCAGCACGGAUUUUUUCCGAAACGCUCGGUAACAUCAAACUUAGCAGUGUUCACAUCAUUUUGUAUAUCCAACAUGGAUGGUGGCAAGCAAGUUGACGCUAUCUACACGGACAUUACUGCUGCAUUCGAUUCAGUUAAUCACGUAAUUCUGCUUCAAAAGUUGCAACGUUUGGGAUUCUCCGAAAGACUAUGUGCAUGGAUCAGAAGCUACCUUACUAAUCGUCGUCUAGCCGUUAAAAUUGGAUCAUCAGAAUCUGUAGAUUUCAUCCCAACUUCAGGGGUACCACAAGAUCUAUCCACAUAA